AUGUCCGCAGAAGAAUCCUCUGCAAGUGCGUCUGCUACACCAACAAACGAAUUAGAAAAACAUCAUGGUGAUGAUGAUGAUGGCAAUCACAAUGACAAUAAUGAAACCGAGAAUCACAAAGACAUUGAUUUCUUGCAAGCCAAAUGCUCGCUCCUCAAAAAUCAAUUAGCCUUCUUACGAAGCCAACAGAAACAAAAGAAAGAACAACGCAAGAAGGAAAAGGGAGAAAUCGUUUCCACCUUCAAGAGCAUGAAGGGAUACAUUGACAAUUUGGAACGCGAAAACAAACAAUUCAAGGCCUUGUUGGCACCAUCGGCUGGUUCGGAAGAGGAUGAAUUGAUGGUGUUGCGACAGCGGUUGGUUUCUAUGACAAGAGAAAACCAACAACUCAAACAACGUUUACUAGCAACCGAAACCCAAAAGCAAGCAUUGGAAACCCAAUGCACACGACUCGAAACCCAAGUCUCCCAAUCCAAAACUACCGAAGCCCAACUCCGAGAUCAAGUCUCGAAGUACGAACAAGUGGUCGAUCGAGUGCCUCCUCCUCGCAUAUCAGAAAUGGCUGGUGCUAACAAUAAAACUAUGCCUCAGAGCAGUAGCAUGUCUGUCAUGGCGGAUGCUUCUGACGCCGGUUCGCGGAGCAACACGAUUGACGAAUCCAUGUUUGGUGCUGGUGCUAGUGCUGAUGGUGCACCACACGAGGAAGACAUGUUUGGAAAAGUGGUGGAUCUCACACCCAUUACACCCAAGUCUCGAAGUACUUCUGGUAAUACUGCCAACAAGAGCACCAGCAGUCUUUCGGCCUUUAGUAGUCGAGGAGAAGAUGAUACAGUGUUUGGUGUGGCGGAUCGGGCGGAACUUGCCUCGAUUGCCGAUUUGGACGACGAAGACGACUCUGACGAUGACAAUAACGACGACAAUGACAAUGACAACGCAAAAGGCCAAGAAUGGGCGGGUUCCAUUGCCGCCGAUAAUAUUUCAUUUCGAUUGGAGGUUAUGGACGACAAGAAAUUGGUGGAUCAGCUGCCUCCUGGUCUAUUGAAGGGAGGAGCACCCAAACGCGGUGGUGGCAAACGCACGGGACCCUCGUCCGUGGCAGCCUUGCCAGAUGCCUCGGUUACCUCGGGAGGUGCCAGAUUAAUGGAUGACAAUAUUACAGUGGGGGAUGACAAUGAUAAUCUCUUUGGCAAGAUGGUGGAUCAGACACCAGAUUUGUCGACUCCCUAUUCCUUCAAAAAGACUGGGUCGUCGGUUUCCUUUCGGGAUCACUUGGAGGAUGAUACGGUGCAGGGUGUCACGGAAAAGCUGGAAAUUGAAUCUGUUGCCCGACAAGAUGACGAAGUUUCGAGUCAUGAUGAUGAUGGGGUAACACUGGACGAUGACGGAACACGAGAUGGCAUGUCCCUUGCGGGAGCCAGUCAUAUUUCCUUCAAAUUGAAUGUGAAGGAAGAAAAGAAUCUAGUCGAUCAUGUUCCCUUGCGUCGUAGCAACAAACCGAAUCAUCAUCGACAACGCGAUGCGUCCGUGAUGGCGGUGGGUGACAAUUAUUCCAUUUCGAGUCUGCCAAACGAUGAUGCGAUUACAGAUGGGGCAAGUGGUGGUCGGAAUGCCUUUGGGCCCAUUGUGGAUAUCACUCCCAGUCUGUCGGCGGCACCGCCAUUAUCGACGAAAUCAAUGGCCACUUCGGUGGCGACUCAAAAUAGUCUCUUUACCGAUCUCAAUGACGAUUAUCGCCAUGGUGGUGAUGCGGACACUCUUGGUCCUGCGUCAACAGUCGGGGAUACGGAUUGGGAUCGGGAUUCCUUGUCCACCUCCAUGAAGGAAUCCAACAACAAACACAUGGUGGACCAUGUGCCCAAACGAAAACGAAUGCCAACCGAUCUUUCGGUUCGAGUCUAUUUGGAUACCAAUCUUGAUAACAUAUCCCAAGUCGAUACCAUUGCCGAAGAUGAAGAAAUGGAAUUUGGUCCCAUUGUCGAUCAGACACCCUUUAGCGCCACCAAAUCAGUCAUCAGUGGCAGCUCUACACGCAGCAUGUCGGGACAAGUGUCCGUGGCGGGGUCUACCAUGGCGGUCGGUGGUGGUGAUACCACUCAAGAUUUUUAUGAUUUGGAUACGGUCCAAGAUACCUUUAUGGAUACUGGGACCAUUGCCUCGAUACAAGAAGAGGGAGAUGAUAGUACUACUGGUGAAGAAGAAGAAGAAGAAGGAGAAGAAGAAAAAGUAGGAGAAAACAUGGUGGAUCAUGUGCCGUCGCGACGCAAAAUGCGGUCCGUGGACGAAUCGAUCCGUGUGUUGGUCGGUGCUAACGACGACAUGUCGCAGGUGGAUACCAUUGCCGAAGAUGGGAUUUUGGAUGAUUUUGGACCCAUUGUCGAUCAUACCCCACACAUGGUAGAUGUUGUGGCACCAUCCGGCGGACCUCGAUCCGUGGCGGCGUCGACGGCUGCCGUGGUGGAUGACAAUCGUACGGUAGGGGAUGACCUUGAGAGCAUGGCUCUUCAUACCACUGUCACGGCAGAAAUUACGAUGGGCAUGUCCGACGGAGAAAGCUUUGUUCCAUUGGCUGGAGAAGAGGAGGAGGAAAAGCAUGUGGUGGACCAUGUCCCAAGCGAGGCAAACCAUCCCAAAGUGGUCGGUGGUGGAUCUGUGCGGGUACUUGUUGACCAUGCCGAGACUCUGUCUCAGGUCGAUACGGUGGCCGAAGAUGAACGAGUCACCUUUGGUCCAAUUGUGGACCAUACUCCAGCAUUUAGUGCUGCUAGAUCGGUUGGUCGAUCAGUGGGAGCAUCCAUGAUUAGUGUCGGCACUAAUGAUGACAGCACUAGUAUUCAGGACAAUACUACGGUUGGAUUUGGAAUUGGAGGCUCUGUUGGAGGAGGAGAUGACACUGGAAAUCUAGAUGACAAUAUGGCUCCGGCGUAUAGGCCAUCUGCCAAUGAAGAUAAGAAACUUGUGGAUCACGUACCACAAAGUUCCUUCCCCAAGUCAGAAGAUGUUUCGGUAGUUGUGCAAGCAGAUCCCUUGGAUGCAGUAUUUGAAGUCGACGACGAAACUGGUGACGGAAACUUUAAAACGGAUCGGUACGGCCCAAUUGUGGACCAGACGCCACUCAUGCGGCCAUCUGCAUCCCCGUCCGUUGGGGCUUCCAUGUUGACUACGACGAGUGAUGCUGCGAUUGAUUUGCGAACUGACGAUGGAACCUGGGUUAGUGCUGGUGAAACAAUAGGAGAAGUCAAUUCGCGAGAUACGAGCCAACCCUUGUUGGAAUCAUUGGAAGAGAUGGAAGAUGGCCCAACGGAAGCGAGUCAACAAUUCAUGGUAGAAACUGUGAACUCUCACGAUGAUUCGGAUGACCUGACAGAUGAUGCUUACGUACGCGUACCAAAGGCAGAUUCGACGGAACGGUUGAACGACAACGACGAUGGGAAGCAAUCCAUUGCGAGUGACGAAGAUGGUGGUUUCGACUUGAAAGAAAUUCACAAUUAUGCGGAGGAAUUGGCAGCCAAGGCUUCUGAAAGUAAGGACAACCCGUUUGAUAUUGACAAUGUUGUUCAAUCGUCACCUGAAAAAGUAAAGUCGGACGUCCAGGAUUACAUAGCGAGCUUGGCUUUGGGAACACAGAAGGACUUGACAACUGAGAAUCGGACCGACUCGGUCACUGGAUCUGUGGAAAGCUCGACUCACAGUGUGCAGGAAAUGCAAAAGUACAUUUCGGAUUUGUCAUCCUUGACUACCGCUGCUAAAGGCAGUAAUGAAGAUGGCGCAGCGAAGGCCUCUUCGGAUCCGCACAAGGCGGAGACUCCCAAGAAGAAGGGUGAUACAAGCGAGCCUGACGCAAGGAACGAGAUCCUCGAUGAGAUUGGUACCUCCAAGAAGCAAUCGGUCUUUGGAAAACUGUUCCGAGGAAACAAGAAAGAGGAAAAGGAGAGCAACCAAGGUGGGACUUGGGCCUGA